AUGAAAGUCGCGCACAAAUCUGUCAGUGGAAUAAGUACGGGAAUAAUGAGAAAAUCAAAUCCAAAGGAAUUCGAUAACAAUGUGAAGGUUCACUCACUCGUGACAGAGUUCAAAGCUUACAAACCACCAGCAGGAAUAGUUGCUCCGCCUCUACUUAUCCUAGGCGAUGUUCACGGUCAACUCUACGAUAUGCUGGACAUACUGACUUUUGUCAGUAAACGCAUAUAUUUUACCAAGCUUCCUGAACUUCUAAAAAUUGGUCAUCCACCUCAGAAACGAUUACUCUUUCUUGGUGACUACGUUGACAGAGGAGAUUAUAGCCUGGAGACCAUCACUUUGCUGCUCGCUUUCAAGUUACGGUUUCCCAAAGAAAUCUACUUACUACGAGGAAAUCACGAGACAAGAUGUGUGAAUAGACAGUAUGGCUUCUUUGACGAGUGCAAGAGGAAAUUCCCAGAAAAAGGAGUCGAAUUAUGGACGCUCUUUCAACAUGUCUUCAACUGCCUUCCAAUGGCCGCACUAGUUGGCACUAAGAUUUUCUGUGCUCAUGGAGGGAUAUCCGAAGAUCUCAUCUCUUUCAAACAAUUCGAAAGUUAUGUUGAAAUCAUAAGGGCUUUUUACUGA